AUGCGAAGCCGUGCUCUGUUUCUCUACAGCCGUCGGGUACUCCUCCACUUCGCCGCGUUUACCACCAGAUCCUCGAGCUCUCCUCGUAAUCCCCCGGAGCAACUCACCGCCGGCGGCGGCAGCCCAUUGUCUGCCCUACUUCAGCCACCAUGCGGCUUAAAACCCGACGAGUACACCCUUUCCAAAGCUCUCAAGGCGGCCGCGGAGGCUUUCGGAUCCCCAGACUGCGGGAGGAGAGUGGUGCACGGCUUCGUCAUCAAGCUUGGCUUCCAACGAUUCACCAUUCUGAUGACGGCGCUGGUUGGCCUCGUGAUCAGGAACAGCGGCGAUCUUCGGGAGGCCGGGGCGCUGUUUGACGAAUUGACGGAGAGAGAUGUCGUCGCAUGGACUUCAUUGAUCGUCGGCUAUGCUCAGCGGGGGCACUACCAGGAAUCGUUGGACUUGUUCAGGAGGAUGGUCUCUGAGAAAUCUGCCCCCAAUUCCUAUUCCUACUCCGGAGCUCUGAGUGCCUGCUCCGGUCUUCGACUCCUCUCGUGCGGCCGAGAAAUCCAUGCGCGUUUGCUCAAGGUGAGUUCCCAUGAAGGCAUUGAACCCGUGCUCCAGAACAAUCUGCUCCACUUGUACUCGAGAUGUCAAGAUCUGAGCAGCUCGAAGAAGCUCUUCGACGCAAUGCCCGACAGGGACAUCAUAUCCUGGAACGAGAUGAUCUCCUGCUACCUAGAGUGCGGACUCGGGGAAGAUUCCCUGAAUCUCUUCGCUCGCAUGAUCUCCUGCGGCCUCGGACCGGAUCGCUUCACCUAUGCCACAUGUGUAGACGCCUGCGGUUAUAUCGCUUCUCUCCGGCAGGGAAUUCAAGUCCACACAAGGAUCGUCAAGGAUGGAAUCCACUCGGAUUUAGUCGUCGGCAACGCCCUAGUGGACAUGUACGCAAGAUGCGGCAGCGUUGGCGCUGCCAAGGUCGUCUUCGACACAUUAUCUUCGAGAGAUGCAGUUCUUUGGUCGACUAUGAUUGCCGGAUAUGCAAAGGGGGGCUUUGUGACGGAGGCAACGACGACGUUUGAGCAAAUGCUGGCGAUGAAGAUCAAGCCCGACGAGAUCACCUUCCUCGCGGUUCUAUCAGCCUGCAGCCACGGCGGCCUGGUUAGCAGAGGCUGGCAUUACUUCCGAUCAAUGAAGGAACACCAUGGCGUCUCUGCAAAUUUGGAGCACUAUAGCUGUGUGGUUGAUCUUCUGUGCAGGAGUGGUCAUCUGGAUGAAGCUUUAUUUCUCAUGAAGGAAAUAUUGCCGAACCCGAGUGUUUCUAUGUGGACGACCUUCCUCAAUUCAUGCAGGAUCCACGGAAACGUUGGGUUUGCGCAUGCUGCUUGCGACUUGGUCGCGAGGGAUGGGCAGAUUCAUGGCAAUCUAGUGGCACUGUCAAAUGUACUUGCUGCGCAGAGCCACUGGAAUGAGACUGGAGGGAUUAGGAGGAGGAUGAAGGAGGAGAAUGUGAAGAAAGAGCCAGGGUGCAGCUGGGUGGAGACUCGAGACGGAUUCCAUGUCUUCUUUGCAGGGUGUAGAUCUCAUCCAAAGAUGCAUGAGAUCUUGCAGGCUCUGCAUGGAUUGAACUUUUAA